UUCCCCUCCUCCUCCUCUCUCUCUCUCUCACCUCUCUUUCUUCCCCAGUUUUCUCACAAAAAUCCCACCUUUAUCUAUUUUUCGUGCUCUUUUCCUCUUUUACGAGCCUUAGCAAUGGAAAAGGAGGGAUUUUUCACCACCACACCUGCUCUAAAUUGGCAAGCCGGCGAAACCAGGCUGCCGCCGCCGCCGGAGAUGACCUCCGUCCCCGCUGCGGACUGCUUCCUCAACCUCAACUGGGACCAGACGAUCGAGCAGAGCACCCACUUCGACUCGGCUCUCUCCUCCCUCGUGUCGUCGCCGUCCUCCAACCCCCACACCGCUGCCGCCAACGACAGCGUCGUCAUCCGGGAGCUCAUCGGCCGCCUCGGCAGCAUCUGCAGCUCCGGCGAGAUCUCCCCGACUUCUCGCUACCAUGGUGCCAACACCUCUUGUUAUAGUACUCCCCUGAAUUCCCCUCCCAAGCUCAAUUUGUCCAUGAUGGAGGGCAGGGGAGGAUUGCCGGUUUCCGGGAACAUGGCGAUGCCCACCGCCCAACUAUCACCAUUCGCUGCCGACCCAGGUUUUGCCGAGCGGGCCGCGAGGUCAUGCUUCGGAGGGAGGAGCUAUGGCGGGCUUACCGGCCAAUUCGGGCCGUCGGAGACCGGCAAGCUGUCAAGGGUCUCGAGCAGCCAGUCUCUGAUGGGAGGUGGUUCUCAGAUGGACAUUUCAGAGAAUGGUAAGGAGAUUGCAAUGCAGGAGAGAGCCCAAUUGGAGAUGGGAAUGAGGUCUAAGUUAGGCGGUAGGAUGUCGGGGUCUUCGAUACUGGACAAUGGAGAAUUCGGCAGUGGGCAGGAGGAAUCAUCGGCAUCCGAUCGGAUUGCAGCUGGUGGGGAAGCCUCCUUGAGGGGCAACAGUGAGAACAAUGCAAGGAAACGGAAGGCACCUCCAAAGGGGAAAGGAAAGGAGGCACCUUUGCCCUCCUCUGGCACAAAUCCUCCCAAGAUGGCGGAGGAGGAGGAUUCCAGUCCAAAGAGAAGUAAACCAGCUGAAACCAAUGGAAGCGACAAAGAUACAGCGGUUAAGCCCAAGGCCGAGCAAAAUGGUAGUGCAAUUUCUAGUGGUGAUGCUGGUCAAAAACAGGGAAAGGAGAAUAAUGUCAAGGCCCCCGAGCCUCCGAAAGAUUAUAUCCAUGUCAGGGCUCGAAGAGGCCAAGCCACCGAUAGCCACAGUCUUGCCGAAAGGGUUAGAAGAGAGAAGAUCAGUGAAAGGAUGAAACUGCUCCAAGAUCUAGUGCCAGGUUGCAAUAAGGUAACUGGGAAAGCAGUUAUGCUUGAUGAGAUUAUAAACUAUGUACAGUCAUUGCAGCGCCAAGUUGAGUUCCUUUCAAUGAAGCUGGCAACCGUGAAUCCUAGGUUAGACUUCAAUAUGGAAAAUCUCCUCCCAAAAGAUAUGCAUCAAGCGAGUGGGCCUAUGCCGCCACCGCCGCUUUAUCCAUUAGACGCCACCAGCACAGCAUUCUCAUAUGCUCACCAACCUCAGGGGACCUCUCUGCAGAGUGUUGUGACCAAUGGCCUUGAGAACCAGUGCUCAUUAGACCCAUUGGACACCUCUCUGCAUCGAAGUCUAAGCAUGCAGCCACCUCCCCUCGAUGGCUUUGGGGAUGCCACCUCUCAGCUUGGGACUUUCUGGGAGGAUGACCUCCAGAGUGUUGUUCAGAUGGGAUUUGGGCAGGGCCAGGAGAAUGCAUUUUCCUCGCAGGGCUUCCAUGGUAAUUGAAUUAGAAGACCACUUCUGUCAGGUUGUCAAUCCAUAAUGGAGGAGGAUUUUGGGGAGAAAACUGAUAACCUGUGGAUCCAAGUGCAGGAACAAUUCCCACAAAUCACAUGAAGAUUGAACUCUAAUUCUCUGAAUUCAGAGUAAGAGAGACCUUUGUAUAUAUCGAGAUGUUGGUUCGAGAUGGCACAGGAAGCUUUGAACUAACAAACCAUUAGGUCUGAGCGCAAAAUUUGUGCAAAGAUUUCUUUGACACCACUUGUAAGAUUGUAACCGGUGAGUGCGAGAGCAAGAGGAAAUUCGGUAUUAUGAUGUUGUAAUCUAUUAUCAUGAGAAUACUAUUAGUUCUUAAUUCAUGAUGUUCCUAUCA